AUGGCCUCAGCAUCCACUAUCACGCCACCUGUGGCAUUCAAUACCGCAUUCGAACGUUUGAAGGAGAUCGUGAGCAAAGAUGAUGCGCGGUCUUUCAAUUCAACUAGGAUGGAGGAUGUUUGGACGACUGCGAGGGACAUUGAACGCCACCUCGAGUCACGUAGAUCCCUUCGAGGCUUCCAUCGCAUACAGCCAUUCUUGGCUGGCAUCGAACAGUACUCGAAGGUGGUGGAGGUCCUCUGUCAGGGAACACCCUAUUUGCCAUACAUAUGGAUCGCUCAAGACCACAUCUCAGCUCUAGAGAAACUCAUUGAUGCCUACGCGAUGAUCGGAGAGGCAAUGCCGCGUUUUGAUAGACUCUCUACCGCAUUCAGAGAUGACCCAGAAUUUCAGCAGGUCAUGGGUCACUUCUAUGGGGAUAUCCUAGAAUUUCAUCGAAGAGCAUACAUGUUCUUCCGUCGGCGUUCGUGGAAAUCGGUUUUUGACCCUUUGUGGAGGUCUUUCAACCUCCGGUUUAAUGGGAUACUGGAAAGUCUCAGGAAGCACCGGGAUUUGAUUGACCAGGAGGCCAAUGCGAUCAAUAUUGCCGAAGCUAAAACCUGGAGGACCAUGCAACUAGAUCAAAUUAGGCAAUGGCGCGCUGAACGUGCCCACGAUAUAGACAGAACAGAACGAGAAAGAUUGGCCUCACAGACCAGAGAGGCAGUCGCAUGGUUUGGUGCAAGCGAAGACCAGGAAGACUAUUAUACGAAGUAUUCCAGAUCAUGCAAUGGUACGGACGGUCAUUGGGCUCUGGAAAACCCCAUCGUUGUCUCCUGGUUGGAUCAAAAUCGCGAUAACUCAGUGCUUUGGCUUAACGGGAAACCUGGAGCAGGUAAAAGCGUUAUAUGCUCCAAGCUCAUAGAACACAUCCAAGAAAAGAUGAAGACCGUUGCCAUUUUUUACUUCUUCACUCAUAAUCAGACUUUUCGGAACCAUGCGACGGAGGUUCUCCGUAGCUUUGCGACCCAAUUGUUAGCAGCGAGUACUGGCCUUGCGCCUUAUAUACUGGAGACUUUUGCGAACAAUGGCCAGAGAGCCACGAAGAAAAGUUUGGCGAUAAUACUUGAGAAGAUGAUCGCCUCACUGCAAAACAUUCGAAUUGUCGUUGAUGGGCUCGAUGAAUGUCCACAGGAUGAGCAAGAUGAAGUCAUAGAGGAUCUGCUGAGAAUCCGGGGUCCAGUACCAGGGGCGUGUAAAGUCUUGCUUUCGAGCAGGAAACACCGCACUAUAUCCAGAUUGUUGCAAUCAAAACCUACCGUCCGGCUCGACGACAACGCUGAGAACGUCAAUGCUACUAUUGCGUCCUUCGUUCAGCCCCGGCUUCAGUAUCUACGGAAUAAAUUCGGUUCCAAUAUCAUCGACGAGCUAGGACGCCAGUUGUUAGCUAAGGCUAACGGGAUGUUCCUCUGGGUAAAAUUGAUAAUGUUCACCUUGGAGGACCUACAUUUUGAGUCAGACGUACGGGAGGCUAUUGAAACUCUCCCAGAGGACCUAGAAGCUGUGUACAAGAGAAUAUUCCCACGGAUCUGCGGCGACGGGAGGACACCCAACCAACGCACUACCAUCCGGAUUCUACAAUGGCUACUGGUGGCUCAGCGUCCGCUGAAAAGAUAUGAAUUGGAGAGCGGAAUUGUCCUAGACGAACGAGUAUCACAAAUCACGACAGCAACUAGACCUCGAGGUGACGUGCUGAGUCUCUGCCACCCCCUUCUCGACACGGAAGAUGAUCUUGGAGGUCCUAUUAGUUUCAUUCAUUUCACUGCUCAAGAUCUUGACAUGUUUGAUCCUCGGGUUUCGGAUGAUAAAAUGCGGUCAGAUAUUGCCCAGGGCUUUCACGACCUACAUCUAUACGCAAAUGACCAUUGGCUUGAUCAUCUACGAGAGUUGGUAGAUUCAUCGGCAGGUUCUCGUCUUGGCGAGCCGAACUUGAUAGCCUUGCACCAAGCUCUUGAGCGACUUACAGUCAUGCACAACGAGCUGGCGGCUACAAAAAGGUGGAUGAUCCGAGACGAAAAUCAUCUGUCACAUUCACCCACGGAGGACAUUUGGCACCCUCUGCAAAUCUCGCCUGCCGCUAGGACUUUGCUUGAUAGAACACUAGUCUACCGAAAGGACACCUCUGUGAACGAUGGCUUGACCGCAGGAUCUCAUCCGGACUCGCACACCCAUCCAGAUCCCACGCUAUUCUCCAUGAUUCGAAGGCGGUAUCAGACUGUUGUGGAAGAGAUCUUGGAAAGUGAGCAUGUUGCCAACACAAGCUUGUACGACUUCAAAGUAAGGCAUAGUUCUGGUACUUUUCUCUGCCGCUAUUGCAAAUGUCCAAGAGCUGCACAAGGAUUCAACACCCCGGAACUUCGCCAGAAACACGAAGAAAGCCAUGCUCCCAGGUUCCAGUGUGCAGAUGCGGCAUGUGGAUUCUUCGGCUUCACUUUUAAUACUCGAGCCGCUAUGAAGAGACAUGUUGCCCAGUACCAUGACGAAGAGAAUACGGCUUCUGUGCCCGAUUGCCUUACCAAGAGGCCGCGCGACUCACACGCACACAGGUCUCUCUUCUCUCUCACUGAGGUAAAGACAAAGAGGAGAGUUGAGACCUUUGAAGACUUCAUAGCCAGCAAUGCACAGAUGGAUGCGCAGCAACAAGCCCAACAACAGCCGCAAGAGACCGUCGUGUCAUCGCAAAGGAGUGCUUUGUCGGAUGUCAUCCAAAUGGCCAAUACCGGGCAUUUGACCGCGAAGUCUGCCUCGCCAGCCGCAGAUGGUUAUAGACAACUGUCGCCAUUCCGUCCAAGCUCACAAUUUGCUGAAUCUCAGGCCGUCCAUUCUGUCUCGGCCGCUGCAUUGCAGCAGUGGCAGCAGGAAAAUGGAGCACAUGCCCAAGCGUACGCGCAGCAGCAAUCAUCGAGGCAUGAUUACCCAAAGCACCUCAUCAGACAACUCAACUAUUGGAAUGGCGAUUUUGACAAGACGACUUUCGACUGGAUCAAGAGUCAUCGCGUCGCCGACUCAGGACUUACCUUUCCACUGGCGACAGAUGAUCUCUAUCGCCAUCCGGAUUACAAAGGCCCAGACGCCCAAUCAUUCCAGCCACCCUUCGAUAUAUACAGCAUGGGCGUCAUGCUUUACGAGAUCGGCUUAUGGCGCAAUGUUGCCCAACAGAAGCAAUCCAGCGGCCCGCGACCUUCUCUUCAGACACAUAGGUCGGAUCCACAUUUCAUUGAGAAAAUUGUUACGAGUGGUCCGAUCACGGACCUGAACCGGUAUACCGGCAUAAGGUAUGGUGAUGCUGUUAAAGUAUGCUUGAGUAGGGAUUUCGAUGCGUACUGGGGAAAGCAGGGGAGCGACGGGCAGAAACAGCGGCGGAGUUAUUUGGGCCAGGUCCAGACGAAAGUUGUAGAUGCGAUUGCUAUGUGGUCUUCAUCAAACAGCGUUCUUCCGUUGGUAUAUGCCACUUCGGGCAUUGCAUUCUCUCUUCCCCUCUCGAUCCCAAUCUUCCAGAACUCAACUUACACCAACAAUCACCUCAACGGGACAUUUGCGAGCCUGACAGCAAAUCAACCAUACUGCAGCUUAGCUUACGGUCGUGACAUGAAAGAGGACAGUUGCCGCAAUGCCUGGGACAAAAUCGAUCGCGUCUCCACAACGGUCGAAAAGUUUGUCCCUCGAAAUCGAGCUUCAAUCGACAACGUGCCAAUACCCAUUCGUUAUCUGAGCGACGAUGGAAUCUGUGCCAUUGAUCUCCUUUUCAACAAAGACUCCAUCGAAGAUUUCAGCACCGCUCGUGCAAUCUCGGCGCAUGCUGAGAUGAUCCUUGACCACUGUGUGCUCCAACGACAAAGGGGUGGUAGGAUUGCUUCUUUCGGUCGGUAA